AUGGUGGAUCUGAUUGAUUACGCCGAUAGGGUUAUUGAAAUCGCAAAAAAGAGAGCACGCUUCAGCGAUUCAUCUUGUUCAUCAGAUUCACAAUAUCUAAAUUUUAAUUGGCAAACCCAGAGAUUAGCGUUGGAAAGAUCUAUUCUAACAGGCGUCGAUUAUUCAGUAACUUUUGUAGAAACUCAUAAAGAUAUUGAAAGAAGAAUCGAAGAAGAGAUUCUCAAGAAGGUUGUGGUUUUAGACGACGGAGAUGUCUGUUCGAUCUGUUUACAAGACAUAGACACCGCUGGCGGCGGCGACGAUGAUGAUGGAGCUGCAAGAGUUUUGAACUGUUCGCAUACUUUUCAUUCGGGAUGCAUUUCGAGGUGGAAAAAACGGAAGACUAAUUGCCCUCUGUGUAGACAUGAUAUGCAUAAAGAACAAGAACGACGGCGUACCGUUACACGGCGAAAAGUAGAGGAGAAUCCGAUAAUGAUCAUCGAAUAA